UUGGCAGACAACACGAGAAUAAGAACAUUGGAGUUACCGUCAAAUAUAGAGAAACAACAUUGGAGUUUCCUCAAAUCGAAUCCUUAAUCGCUCGCUGCCGAAGAUCAUUGUUUGCCCGUCUCUCUCUCUGCGAUGCAUUCAUUUCUUCCUUCUUCUCCACCGCUUCAUUUAUAUGCUACAAACCCAUAAUCUCAACACAUUUAUUUACGUAUAUUCCCUUGUUGCUGUUCCACACAUAUACUUGUUUCUUCUUCUUCUUCUUCUUGUAAAUGGCGAAUGCAUCUGGGUUCUUCACGCCUUCGGUUCCCCACUUCAGAGUCAGGGUUCGGCCACUCGCUACUGCCAUUGGAUUCUCCGCCAAAGUUGUUUGCGUUGGAAAUAUCGAAGGAGCUGAAAAUCGUGUUACUUCCAAAUCUUCGAUACCCAGUGUGCAGGCUUGUCAGCAAAGGGUGCAAGUUAGUUGGAUGUGGCUCUGCUGUGCCAGCUCUUGAGAUUUCUAACGAUGACAUGUCGCAAAUUGUUGAUACUUCGGAUGAAUGGAUAUCUGUUCGAACAGGGAUUCGUAGACGACGGGUUCUUUCAGGCAAAGAUAACUUGACAACUUUAGCAGUGGAGGCAGCUAGGAAAGCACUUGAGAUGGCAAAGGUAGACUCUGAUGAUCUUGACCUAAUAUUGAUGUGCACAUCAACGCCAGAGGAUCUUUUUGGUAGUGCUCCACAGAUUUCAAAACAACUUGGCUGCAAAACAAAUCCAUUGUCUUAUGACAUUACAGCUGCAUGUAGUGGAUUUGUGUUGGGUUUAAUAUCAGCUGCUUGUCACAUUAGGGGAGGUGGAUUUAAUAAUGUUCUAGUUAUUGGAGCAGACGCUCUUUCGCGAUAUGUUGAUUGGACUGACAGAGGGACUUGUAUUCUUUUUGGGGAUGCUGCUGGUGCUGUACUAUUACAGGGCUGCAACGCUGAAGAAGAUGGUUUAUUUGGUUUUGAUUUGCAUAGUGAUGGCAAUGGCCAGAGGCACUUGAAUGCUGCCAUUAGAGAAAACGAGUCAGAUAAUGCAUUGGAUUCAAACGGUUCUGUGCUUGGCUUUCCUCCUAAGUCAUCCUCAUAUUCAUGCAUUCAAAUGAACGGCAAAGAGGUCUUUCGCUUUGCCGUGCGAUGUGUACCACAGUCAAUUGAAUCUGCCCUUGAAAAGGCUGGCCUGCCUGCAUCUAGCAUCGAUUGGCUAGUUCUCCAUCAGGCAAACCAGAGGAUCAUUGAUGCAGUUGCGACUCGGUUAGAACUCCCCUCAGAACGGGUGAUAUCAAAUUUGGCUAACUAUGGAAACACAAGUGCAGCUUCCAUUCCCUUGGCUUUAGACGAAGCAGUUCGAAGUGGUAAGGUUAAGGCAGGCCAUACCAUUGCGACCGCCGGCUUCGGCGCCGGUCUUACUUGGGGUUCGGCCAUUGUUCGUUGGUGCUGAAUGCUUUUCUUUCACAGCAGACUUGCAAACAGAGAAGUUCAGUUGCAAGUGCAGCCAUCCAAAAUGCCCCACAUUCCUACACAUUUGUAGAACAUUAGUUCGGGGGAAUUUAGGAAAGGAUAGAUAUCAUUAACAUCCUCUUUCUUUUCCUCAUCAAUUUAUUUUCUCUUGCUGUAAUAUUUUUUCUCAAGUACCAAAUUUUCUUUUACCGAGGCAUGCAUUUCUCAUUCACAUUUAUUUUAAACGAGGCUCACUAUUUAUGUUUCUCAAUGGUACUUGUAAGAGUUUUUCAAACUAUUUUUUAUA